CUCCUCCCCGGCUCGGACGCGCCCUCCCCCUCAGCAGGAGCGCACUCUGGAUGCUCUCACACCGGAGUACGGAGCUGCACCGCAAACACCGGAGGGAGACACACUUUGUCCAGCACCGAGCACCGGGACCGUGUGGCUGCGGUUUCUUUCCCCGCAGAACAAGUUCGGGAUUCCGGGUUGAAGCUGAAAGUUCCGGACGUGUUCGGGUCAGCAUGGCAUCUGUGGUGAACUCCGCGUGCCUCUUCUUCUUCGUGCCUGUUGCGCUGCUGCUCGUGCUGAGCCCUUGUCCUGUCGCUGCAGCCAGGCGGUGUCACUCCAUCUAUAAGGGCUUUGCUCAGUGUCUGAUGGCUCUGGGCGACAGUCUGACGGACAGCGCCCGCAAGGACGAAGACACACACGAGAUACACUCCAUCUGCAGGUCAUGGGAUGAGUUCCACGACUGUGCCAACGUGGCGAUGGCCGGCUGUCCAGAGGAAGCAGCGGCCGUCUGGGAAUCUCUCCGCCAGGAGUCCAAAAAGAUGCAGUUCUCCGGAAAUCUCUACGACAUGUGCUCCAACCGCAACAACCACCCGGCAGCCUCGGCUUCCCCGCGCGGAUCACCCGGCCAGGAGGAGAUCAACCAGGAGUCUCUACGAGGGCGUGCCGGUCACCUGCCGUGCUGCCUCCACCUUCUCCUGUCUCCUCUGCUGCUGCUGCUGCUGUUUUGGAUAUAACCACCCGAAGAAGACGAUAUAAACUCUGUGUAUUUAAGUCCAUAGACUUUUCACUGUUUUUUCUGCUCUGUCAGAAGGUUGAAUAUUUUCAGCUGCAUGUUUAGAGGCCCGGCAGUCUUUUUGAUAAAGUAUCUUCUUUAAACUGCCUGUGCCAUUUCAUGCAUAUUCUCUGCCUUUUAAUUAGUCUGCCUGUUGGAAACACACAGAGAUACACAACCACGGUACAAACAAGCCAAACACAUACAUAGUUAAACAGACGCAAACAUUGGCCUUGUCUCCCUACAUUUAGUUAAGCUAUAAGCCUGUAUAUGAUGGUUCCAGGGGGAGUCUGCAGUGUGACGAGACAAAAACAAUCAGAUCCGACUUGAUGAACCAAGUAAGACUAGACGAGAUGAACGCAUUCAUUUAUCAGUGUCGGAUAAUUAUGUAAACCUGACGUAAACUUCACAGCAGAAACCAACAUGUUCGCUGCCUGCUACAGAAACAGUUUGGGUCUCUGCAGAGCAGCCAGCUGUCCUUCGUAUGAUCCACGCCCAUUUUUAGAUUAGUCAGCAGGUCCACUGAGGUGGCGGUGGCAAGUUUUAGAAACCUGAAACGAAUACGACGUCCAUUCUUUAUCCAGUCUGUGCUUGCUACGUGUUGCAGUCUGUCUCAACAAGCUAAGCUUAACUAAACGUCAGACAGCUGAGUUGGAGCCUGCUGAGGAAAAUGUUUGUAACAUUUGAUACUAAAAAGAAGAAAAAAGCCUCAAAGCAGCUGCUACCGUCCUGUUAGGUCUCGCCUUCUGUCAAACACUGGCUCCCCCCUCCUAUCUAUGCUAUAGCUGACAGUUCACUGUGUCCUUCAUUGGUUUUCAUUGGUUUAAGAGAUUUAAACAACCAAUCACGUCUCUUCAAGACAUUUCCUCUUUGCUAGCAGAACACAAUGCAGCGUGUGAGUUCAGUCUGCUGUUUUUGUCCUUUUUAAUUCUCCCUUCAAGGAUUCAAAUAAACUAAAUUUAGUCUCUCCCAAGAAAUCUUGGCUCGCUACAAAUGUGCAAAUACUUCUGUCAUUUGGGGAGACACAAGAAAAAAAACCUCCAGUCCCUGAAACUAAAAUAAAUGGAGUAGGAACUCCUGCCAAUGUUGACAAGUCUCCUCCAAAUGAAAGGAAGUACUGAAUGCUCGAACAAGUCGUACAUUUUGUCCCCCAAGUGCAAGUUCAUAGCGGAGGCACGCACAGCGCUGUAAACUGGCUUUGGGUGCAGAGAUGGGUCUGGAAAUGCUUUGGGUGCAGUUCUGGAUGGCAGUGCUGUAGCACUCGUGAUCAGUCUUAGUCUAGAGACCGGGCUCGAGACCACUUUUUAAAGGCCUCGGUCUUGGACAAAGAGGACUCUGGAUUUUAGAUCCAGACCAGUCAGGACCACAACUGUGGUGAUGUCACUUACCUUUUCUAAACCACAAAGAAACGGCGUCUGAGAGAAUAACAGCAGCUCGUUAAUACUUCGAGGCGAUGCUUAACGAGGUCAGUGUAGCACCGCAGAGGUGAACCAGACAGGUCCUUUGUUUUGAGAUUUGCAGAUGAUGGACGUAGAAACCGAAGAGAAGUUUGUCCGGUUCCAUUUUUGCAGGUUGUUGUUGGUUCCUGAAUGAUUGGACCUCUUCCUGCCAAACUCUGCAAGACAUGUAGGUACUUUAAAUAUGUAACACUGAGUUGCAGCUGCAGCAGCAUCAUGACUUGAGUGAGUGAAACAUACUGGAGUUGUUUUCAUUUGGUGCUUGCCCAGGUAUGAAAUCCUCCGGGGGGCUCCUCCUUUGGCAUCCUGCACUGUGUGGGACCAACAUGUCCUCAUGCAUGCCGAGUGUAUUUCACGCUCCAAGAGUCGUCGUUUGGCCCUGCAGACCUGCUGAAGCUGCUUGUUAUUCUAAAUGGAUGUGGGUAACAGUUGUUUCUGUCUGGCCCGGGAUCAGAAUUAGAUUAGAGACACACACACACACACAGAAAGACGAGUACACCUGGAGAACAAACACAGUUCUACCUGGUUGAAGUUGAAUCCACCUGUCUAGGCGGCGAGCAUGUUUUACACGGGGGGCUUUAGGUUGUAGGUUUACCUUUCCUUCUUCACACAAAAUAAAUCAAAGCCGGGUCGACUUUAAAGACACAAGACAAAAUCCUCAAAGGCUGCAGCAGUGCGCAGACCUGAAGAGAGGUGGAGGUAAAUAAAACUGAUUUAAACAAAGAGAAUCAAACAGCCCGUCUACGUGCCGGUGGCAGGGUCGGAUUAGACAGAUGCACAGACUGUUGGGAGGAUUUCCGCGGCAUUGUAUCGACCUGAUUUGUCAUUCCUGUCACACAGAUUUACAUCUCGACUCUGGAUUUACGUCACAAGCGUUGCUAAAGACCGAGGUAAAUCUGCAAAGCCGAAGGAACCGAGCAGAAAUGAAGACGAGUCUUUCAAAAUGAAAAGUCAGCCCAUGAGGGACUCAGCCCGGAGAUACGCUCGGAUGGUUUAAAGAGGCUGCUGUAAGUUUGAACUUUAAUUAAACUGACAGAAUUAGCAAUUAGAGGCCUCGACGGCUGAUUCACCAAGGUGCAGCAAUUUAAGGAGCCAUCUCGGCGGAGCUCAGAUAAGAUGUUGUCACUCGAGGCGAAAAUCUGACUGAACCAUAAACACCAGGCUCAGAUCAGACGUAUGAGGGGCCGUGAGGGACAUUAUUCCUCUCACAUACACAUAUGAAACCACACACUACACUGAAAACACACGACAAGUAUGUCGUGUGAGAGGUUUUCAGGGUAGAGUGUGAGAGGAAAACUCUGAAUAAUGUCCCUCGCGGCCCCUCAUAUAGAUGCGCUUGUAUACACACAGCGAGCUCAGUCAUCGGUUUCUAAAACACACAGACAAAACCCUGACCAAAUGUCUUUUAUGAGAAGACAUGUUUCAUGUACGGCAGCUGGACAAAUGCGAUUUCAGAGUGAUUCUCAAUAAUGCUGCAGGGUAAUGCAACGUUAUUGACCAGAGCAGAGUAGGAAAUUAUUUGGAGCCUCAGGCGGCGGCGAUAGGUUGAGUUGGACAGAAGAGAAAGGGAAACAUUGUUAAACAUCAAUACAUCUCUGUCACAUUAAAGGUCCAGUGUGUUUGCAGUUAUUACUGUACAGAGACGAUUGGUGUCUGUUAGUGAAGAGACAUUUUACAUCAACGCUUUGCUUCAUAUCACAGCAAAGAUUUAGGACAGAAUCUGUCUCUACUGGAGAAGAUGAAUACGUUCAGGGUCUGAGUCCUGAGUCUGCGGGGACGUCACGGAGACUACGUCCAGGUUUUAGACAGUCUGCGGGGACGUCACGGAGACUACGUCCAGGUUUUAGACAGUCU